CGCGGCGCGGAACAAUGGCGACCGAAACGGUCGUCAAUUCCCUGGGAAAGGCUCUGCAAGACGACAAGAAACCGGGCGAAGAGCAGGUUCUGCAGUUCAAGGAUUUCGUGUGGGAUCAGUUCAUCAAAUACAUCAGCUCAGCCAUUCUAGCUCUGACCAUACUCAACUUGUCCGUCGAGUUUUUGAGAGGCGGCGGCGUUCUUUGCUUUCCUCCGCUAAAUACAAAGGAUGUAAUAGAAGCUGAGACAGAUGAGGGAGACAAGGAAUUUUCCGUGAGGCAGAUCGACUUUUUCAACGGCUACUGUUCGAGGAGCAUUCCUGCCACCGAGUUUUUCCCUCUCUACAUCCUAGUACACGGAAUACUUCUUAUAGCUCCUCACUACAUCUGGAGCGCCGUAUUCAGGGGAGAUUUCGACAGCUUUUUCGCCGUAACGCGUAAACUCGACCGACUCCGAGAUCGAAAUACGGGAGAAUACGAUCCCACCAAUUUCGAUCGCGUUGAGAAGCUUGAGAUCGAAUUCGGAGGUCGAAGAAGGAAAAUAUUUCGUUUCUACAUAGCGAAAUUGAUUGUACAGCUCUGCGUUUGCAUCGGAUCUUACAUAUUCAGUGCAGCAUUUUUCAAAAAUUUUAAGUCCGUGUUCGACUGUCCACGCGAUCUCGCAGAAUCUAAUGUUAUUCCCGAACGCUGGCCUCUGAAUGUAACGAUUCCGUGUGUCUAUACUAGUUUGAGAAUCCUGGCUCUUGUACGUUACGCUGACUAUAUUUUGCUGGGUCUUGCCGUGUGCCUCAUUCUGCUCGGUCUUCUGUGGUGUUCUGUACGUCACACUAAGGAACUGGGGCACAUGGACAUCGCGAGUUUCGUUUUUCAAUCUUGCCUGUCGACGAAGACCUACGUUUUCCCGCCGUUUUACGAAAUUCGAAGGAGGGUAAAUCGUUCGGACAAUUGCUGGCUCUGCUGUUACCCUUUGGCACUUUUUAGACGUGCGUGUCGUGGUUGCAUCGCGUGUGCCUUUGAUUUCAAAAUCUUUUCCCCCCGCAUUCAAAACGACUUAGAUUUUUUCGAAUUGUACCUCUUCCGGGCAGAUACAAGCCACGGUCGAGUGUUUAAAGAGAUUCAGAUUGACAAAGCUCUGCGGAAGCUGCAAGGAGAAGAUCACCAACUGUUGCAUCUCUUUCUUGAUGCUCAGCGAGAUAUGAGUGCGCAGAUUAGGGAUAAGAGCAUAGCUGAGACAAGGAGACAGCAAGCUGAAAGAGAAAGACAAAGCUCGGAGAAGAGAGAGGUGCCCAGGAUGGUGAAGCAACAGUUCAGAUCGAUGGUGGUACAUCUCCCGAACAAGGAGCAACUCCACACGGAGAUACAGCUACGUCUACAGCAGAACCAGCUCCCGAUCUUGACAGAGUGAAGGACCUGGACUCCUUCUUUAAGAUGGGUCCCGGAGGAUUCACCAGAAAUCCAGAGACUUUUGCUUUCAUUCAACUGAAGCAACACCUGAGCAACAUAAAAUGGGUCUGUGGCAUAUAGAGAACUAGGUUUUGUAGACAGAAGUACAUUUUAUUAGUGAGGUGUCUCGAUCUAAGAAGAAAGUGUCUUGAUUAGUGCGCUGUCAUGAUCUCUAUGUAUAUAUACUAACUGGGGAUGGAAAAGUUGUUCAGUUUAUAUAAAUGUCCUUAAACUUUCUCUCUCUGUUUUAGAGACCAGUUGAAGGAAUAAGGGAUAGGCUCUAUGGGUUUGUUCUCUACUCACCCAAACAUCUGGAGGGAGAGAAAAUGGGUCAACCCAAAACCGACAUGGCUCUGGAUAUUUCGUUUGGGUCCAGCGGAUAUGCACUAGUUUUAGCCAGGGCCUUCAAAAAGGUAGUUUCCGUGAACUUUCACCCCUUCUUCCGAAAUGAGAAAGAGCCCGUGAAGAAGAGGGCAUUCUACACAAACUAUUACGAGGUCAACCUCCCUGUGGAUAUCUUUACUCAAGUCAACACAAACAUCACCAAGGCUACGGACAAGAUAUUUGAGCACAUGAGAAAACCGGUCAAAAAGCCAGCCGAUUUCAUUGUGGUGGGACCUCUUACCGAGGAAUCACAGAUUGUUACAGUUACUCUGGCUAUUGAGACACUGCAUACUGUGGGUCUGAUAGAAGAGAAGGCAAUUCUCCUAGCUGUGCGACCACUGAAGAUAGGUCAUCGAGUCAUGACAAAGAGAUUCUGCAAAUACGAACCAUCUCUUGCGUUGUUUGAUGGUAGCAUUCAUACGGAGACGGUAGUCAAAGAUCUGAAAAGCGAACUGGGGGAUGAAGCAGAGGUCCCAGUCGAAGGAUUCUCAGGGAUCCGUGUCGAGUGUGGCGACACAGAGUGCAUUUUCGAGUUUGUCACGUACAAGUACAACGGAGAGAAGAGAAAGGAAGUUGUGUUUAAACCACCGCCUAGCAACGAGGUUCCCACCCAAGCACCCACCAAUAUCGUACGUUCGCAAAGCAUGCCUCCACUUAGCGCACCUCAGCAACUGGCUGAAGCAUUCGGGCAGUUUUUCCAAAACCUGAGCAGUGUUAUGGGGCAACAAGGCUCACCUACACCUGUCUUUGCAAGAAGCAAUACUUUCCCAGCCCAACUCGGAUCCAGUUACGCAGCACCACAACCACAACCACCGCACGGUAUUAUUCCAAACAACGACACGGCACUUUUGGAGAAUCGACAGCAACAUGGGCGGAGCAACGGUGGAGGAAAUAGACUUUUGCAGGCAGGGAGAGGGAGGGGUCUAUUGAGAGAGUCAGCCGUAAACCAGAGCCAUGACCAAGGGUCGCGAGGGUCAGUAACUGAUCCGAGAGAGACGGGGAGAUCCCGACGUCGCAGCAGUAGUACUUCUGGGAUUAUGUCUUCUAUGUCACAGUUCGAUUCCGUCAGCGAAGAAGAUGAAGAAAACUUGCUACCACAAGUUUUAUCUCCCACAAGUCAUUAAUUAUGCAUCUUUCACAUCAACUCUGGUGGUUGUUUUUUUUAUAAUUGUAUACAUGAUUCAUCUGUGCCAGUGAUGCACAUUAUAUAUGCUCAUUCUAUCCGUGCCAGCACUUACGCACUUACAUUACUAUAAAAUAAUUGAGAAUGAAGUAUACUUUGAUUAUGAUUGCCAAACCAUUAUUAAUGAUAAUAAGAUACACAAAACGACGAUGUAAUGACGUUAAGAUGGAUGUCUAUGGCACCAGUCAUGCACAGGGCAUUUGUCCUGAUUACGGCAUUCUUCGCAUAGUUUGCAGUGUUCUUCUCCGCCACACUGAUACUCGUAGCUCUCUACCAGUGUGUCCUUUAUCUGCUUACAUCCCUCACACUCCCCACGUGAUAGGGUCAACCCCUCUGAUGAUGACUCCAUGAUGAUUUACUUGCUGAUCUUCGGUUGAAACCAAAAGUAAAACCACGAACUUGUCGCAAAUGUAGCAGGAAAAUGAUCGUCAGCC